AAAAUUUAAGUUCUGUGGCUCCUCUCUUGACAUUCAAUGAAAGUGAAAAUAUUUUUUCUUAACCUUACAUCAACAAAUUGUUUAUUGAUUUUUGUAAUUCAGUUCUUUCUUUCCUUAAAUAUAUUCUAUAUUUCAAUUAUGUGAAAAAUAAUUAUUAAUAUAAUUGUGACGGCAAGUAUACAGAUAAAAACGAUUAGCUGUUUAUAGAAAAAUAUGGCUUUAAUUGAAAUAACUAGGACAUUUUGGAGUAGUGAGUUCAGCUAGUGUUUGAGGACGAAACAGAAAGAUUGCGUUGUGAAAGUGAAAUGUACUUCUUCUAGUAGAUUGAAUAGCAUCUUGUGUUUUAAUAUGUUGAUGCAUAUAAUUUAUUAUUGUGAAUACAUAGAAUAUCCAGUUUAACGUAUUAUUGGUAUUAGUCAUCUAUAAUCUCUUUUCUACAACUGUAAGACAUGAGAAGAGAAAUGAUAUAAUACUGCAUAGGAUUGAAUAUUCCCAGUUUUGUGAAGAAUGGAUAUUUGUCAAUUUCACUCCCAUUCUGAGGAACCUAGCAGUCAGAAUCAAAUUGUGAAUUCUACAUAUAUGGAUGAUAGAAAUCUUACCAACAUUUAUGAAGAAACGUCCAAUUGUGAGCUGAGAUUCAUUUCUAAUGAAGAAAUGAAUGAUUUGUUGCCACCGUUAGGUGAAUAUGAAGAACUGACUACAGUAAAGCAACUAACUACCUCAUGCAACAACUACUGCAAAUUGUAUAAAACAUUUGCAGAUACUAGCAUAAAUAGCCCUUUGGAGAAUACAGAUGAUCAAUUAUUUAUAGAAAUAGUAAAAGAAGAUAUUGAUGCUAGACAUAAUCCAGAUGAGAACAAAUCAAUUCUUGAUUCUAUAAGCUUCAAUAUUGAAGAUCAUGAAGAAACAAUCGUAAAAAUCAAGAUAACUAAUACUGACAAUGGUUUUUCAGUGAAAGAUUCUUCCAAAUUUGUCAAUUGGAAGCCUACAGAGAUUGUUCCAAAACUCAAAAAAGUGUGCAAACCAAGAAGUCCCAGAAAACCUAUGCAGCUGGCAAAUUACUGUGAUCUCAUCACUGAUGCUAUAAAUUCUUCACCUGAGAAACGUAUGAUUUUAACAGAAAUUUAUCAAUACAUUAUGGAACAUGUGCCUUUCUUCAAAGACAUUGACCAAAAAGGAAAAGAUGGUUGGAAAAAUUGUGUGAGGCAUACUCUCUCAGUUAAUAAAAAGUUCAUAAGAAUAAAGAAUACGUCAAAAUGUAGAUUAUCCUAUUGGACAGUAUGUGAAGGAGGAGAUUUUGAAACCCAAUUUGCACAGUAUUCCUGGGUAUCAGAAAUAUAUAAACCUGAGGAGAGGAAGCGGAAGAUAAUCAAAAGAACUACUGUGAAAUUAGGACAAAAUUCUAAAAAUAGUGUGAAAUCAAGUAAACAAGUACAAAACACUGCAUGUGAAUCAAUGGACAAGAAGAAAAGUGACAAAAAAUACUCAACAAAAAUUACUAAGAAUGAUUGUCUAAAAUCAGAUCCAGUGAAAAAGAGUAAAGCAAAUAAUUCAUCAAAAUAUAAAAUUAUAGAGAAUCGAAAGCCAGUGGUGAUCAAAACAAAAAAUAAGAAAAGCAAGGUAAAAAAGAAGAAAAAAAUAAUCAAACGUGAAAUUAAAUCUCGUCAGAAAAAUGAGCCACAAAAACCGAACUCCAAAAAAGUUGAAGAAAAAAAGAAAGCUCAAAGUGAAAGAAAGUACGUAAACAAAAAAGUUGCCUCUGAUUCGAUCAAGAAGAAGCAACCUACUAGAAUUUUGAGAGUGUUACCUGAACGUUUGUCAAGGAAAGCAGAAAGUGUUUUACAAAGUCAAGAAAAUGGUAAUAUCAGAAGAAGCACUAGGAAAAAAUCUGUUCGUAAGUCGUGGCCACUCUGAAACGUAUAUACAUGAAUCGCUAAAUAAUUUUUAUGGUUUCUGAAAUCUAAAGCCUGUCUCGCAUCAAAGGAAAAUGUUUCAUCAAUUAACAUAACACUGUUUGCAUUUGGAUUAAGGCCUUCUAUUCAUAAAUACGAUAUCUGAUGAUAUGACGAUCUAAAAAUGCCCCUACUGGUCAAAUAUGGUUGAUUAUUUUGAAAUUUUAAUCAACUGAUGAAUCAGGAGCAUUUUCAAAUCAUCGUAUCGUCUGAUAUUAUAUCUAUGAACAGAAGGCCUUACACAUGAGCAGAAUAAAUUAUGUAUUAUAAAUGGGAAAUGAAAGACUUAAUUUCAUAUGUAAUUUCUCAAUUUGGGUUUAACACUGAGAAUAAGAUUGAAAUUUCUGCUUCAUGUGUCUUUGGUGUUAGCCCACUUUGAAAAUUAUUUUCUAGUGUGAUUUGAUUGAAUAUUGAGGUUUAAAAAUAAUUUGUAAAUAAAUCUGCCUGUAUAUUGUAUAUAAUAUGAGAUUUUCAAUAAAGUGGUUUUUAAUAUAA